GUGCAGGUGAGCGGCGGAAUUCACUGGCAGCGCGCGCGCCCUUCGGUGACUUUGUGUGACACACGACUUCGAGCAGAGUAAUCCGUAAUGUUGACGUCUCUAGAGCCCGUUUCUAUGUAUCCCCUGUACGAACCUACCCAGAGCCCUUCUCCUCUCGAUCUGGAUGUAAUUGAAGAGUAUCUGAACGAGCAGAAGAACUUCACUUGGCAACUGGCGGAUUUCCAGCUAGAGCCAGGGGAUCCACACCGGAAUGAGGAAGGAGUGCGACUGAUCGAAAACAGCUGGUCAGGCCGCUUUCCCUAUGAAUGGUAUCCUAAUGACCCAGGCUCAAACAUGAAUUCCGAAACCUGCGAGCAGACUCCAGUACACUGGCACCUGGGCUCCAGCUCGGAGUGGGUCCACUACCAGUCUCCAUAUGAGGUCAGCCCGAGCAGCGAUUCGGACUCCUUGUCUACCAGCUCAGUUUCCAACGACUUCCCCCCAUCUCCCACCCUUGAGAGGAAAACCAAAAAACCCUGCGGUCUUCAGCUGGCGGCACCAGCAGGUAAAAAGAAAGAACGCCUUUUCCAGUUUCUUUAUGAGAUGCUCCAGUGCCCCGAAAUGCAGCACUGCAUCUGGUGGGUCCAGUCUACCAGCGGGACCUUCCAGUUCUCCUCCCAAAAUAAGGAGAAGCUGGCGGAGAUGUGGGGACGGAGGAAAGGAAACCGCAAGACUAUGACCUACCAGAAGAUGGCGCGAGCCUUGAGGAACUACUCACGGACGGGCGAGAUCUGCAAGGUGAAGAGAAAGCUGACGUACCAGUUCAACGAACUCGUCCUGAAACGCCUGCAGGGAGACAUCAAGAAGGCGAUGAAAUGUUAAAGGGAACUUGGGGUGGGGGGAUCAAAACAUGAAGAAGAAAUUCUUACUGCCAUAUUAUAAGACCAGGAAGGUAGAGUGGAGGAGCGGUCAAAGAGGACACGGGCGACCCGGACUGGGGUCUCGGGUAUGGAGGAGGACGUUUUGAAAAUGGACAGAAAGCGUUGCAGUCCAACAGCAGGGGACGCACUGCAUUUUAACUUUUGUAAAGUAGCUGUCAGGGGCCCGGCACCCCUGCGAAUCAGACCAUGAAUACUGAGUAUUUCACCAGGAGUGAUUUGCAAUGUAAAACGCGUCGAAUUGACAAUCAGUGCUUAUUGACGAAGUGUGAUUUUUAUGUAAAAAAAUGUGUAAUUACCGAGACUUUUGUUAUCCUUUUUGUUAUCCACUUUGCGACUAUUGUACAUUGACGUCGGCAUGUGUUUCAGAUCUUGAGGAUUUCUCCUUACCUUUUGAACUACUUCAUAAGUAGAAAUUGUGUUCAUGUUCGAACAGGUAGUUUUCUGAAGACGUUUCAUAUAUAUAUUUUUUUUUUUUGCAA